AUGACCCAGUCUGAUACGUACAAGCUUUAUGUCCUAAGACAUGGGCAAAGCGAGUUGAAUCAUGAGAAUAUAUUCUGUGGGUGGAUCGAUGCGAAACUUACAGAAAAAGGUGAAGAACAGGCCGAAACUUCUGCCACUCUGAUUAAGGAACAUUGUCAUGCGAAUUCCCUGCAUUUGCCUAGAUUAGGGUAUUGCUCACGGUUGGUGAGAACCAAACAAACGAUGAAUGUGAUGUUGCGCACGUUUGGAAUCACAGAUACAGUAUAUCACAUUGCAAGUUGUGGUGUUGCUGCUCAAGAUGUUGCAAACGAAUUAUCGAAACAUGAGGCUGUGGUUUAUAAGAGCUGGAGGUUGAACGAAAGGCAUUAUGGUGCUUGGCAAGGUCAGCGGAAACCAGACAUUUUAAAUGAGUACGGAAAAGAAAAGUUCAUGUUCAUCAGAAGGAAUUACAAUGGCAGGCCUCCAGCAGCUGACUUGAGUCGAGAAAUGGUACAAGAAGUUGGCGACAAGGGCUCCCUGACAGGUUAUGAUUUCAAAGAACCCAAUAGGCACACCAAAUACAAGGUUGAAGAAAAUGCGCACGAGGUGCUGCCCAGCAAUGAAUCACUAAGUGACGUAGUGAGCCGUUUGGAGGAGUUUUUGAAAGGUACAAUUUUGGAAAACGUGAAUCGCGAGAAUCCUUCAGCCUUAAUAGUAGCACACGGUAGCUCCGUGCGGUCUAUACUAAAGAUUUUGGAAAACAUUUCCGAUAAUGACAUUAAAGAUGUGGAAAUACCCAAUGGCAUUCCCAUUGUAAUCGAGCUCGACAAAGUCACUAAGCAAUUCGUCCGCAAGUACUACCUGGACCCUGAACUUGCUAGGAUCAACGCUGAACGUGUGCGCAACGAAGGGUUUCAAAAAUGA